AUGUCAGUGGCCACUUACUGUAUAUUUUGCUAUAGACAAAUAGGAACUUCUGGUCCAGCCACAAAAACACACCUACCAUGGAAUGAUAUCAGAAAAAUUGCAAAGAUAACUGGAUCACUUAUACUAGGAGGUUUUGUAUUCAUUACAUAUGAAGUCCUGUCCUUAAAGAAGUUACUGCAAAUCGAUACUCAAGCUAUACAUCAAGAAAAACUUAAAUCCUAUGUAUACGUACGUACAACUUCUCUAAAUCCAAGUGAAUAUCAAGGGAUCACAUACCAAGCUAGAAAAGAAAUCCAUAGAGCAGUGAGGAAAAUUCUAGAAACAGAAGCUAAAAUUUUCCGGAGACCUUUUAAUGAACAAUUCAGCACAUUUGAUGGAGAAGAUCAUGAAUGUGCCUUAUGGCUCCUCUUAAAGAGAAGUCAGUCAGAAGACAAAGAGGUCCGGCUGCAGGCUGUACGAGACCUGGCAAACAACAGUCACUGGCAUGAUUAUCAGUAUGGUACAGUUGCCCAAACCUGUGAUCAAAGGACUGCUAUAGGUUUGGCUCGAUCUAAAGAUGUCGACCUUCGCUUUUUCCUGCCUCCCCCACCGUUGCCAAAAAUAAAGAAUGAUUAUCCCAUAGAAGAUGAACUUCGCUUGUUGUUAGUAUCUUUACCUCAGACUGGCCUUGAUCCUUGUGUCCAGUACUUCACAUCUCUCGCUUUACGUGAAAGUAGUCAGACUCUUGCGGCACAAAGGGGAGGCUUAUGGUGUUUUGGAGGAAAUGGACUUCCAUAUUGUGAAACAUUGAGUAAAAUCCCUUCAGAGACAGUGGAACUCUUUUGCUUGCAAGCUUUAGUGCAGCAUUCUAAGGUUUCUUCUCACUGUGAUAAAAUUGAAGCUAAAGGAGGCCUUCAGCUACUACAGAGGAUAUACCAGCUACGUAAAGAUUCAGCAAAAAUACAAAGGAACAUCAUUCGCAUUAUUGGAAAUAUGGCUUUGGAUGAACGUCUUCAUUCAUCCAUAGUACGUGCAGGGUGGGUUUCUGUACUUGCUGAAGUAAUGAAAUCUCCACAUGUCAUUCAGUCUUCUCAUGCAUCCAGAGCUUUGGCUAAUCUAGACAGGGACACAGUGCAAGAAAAGUAUCCAGAUGGUGUUUAUGUCUUACAUCCACAAUAUCGUAGCAGUCAGCCCGUCAGAGCAGACAUCCUUUUUGUUCAUGGUCUUUUGGGAGCAGCAUUUAAGACCUGGCGACAGCAAGACAUUGACCGGCGUUUGCAUGAAAAGACUUCAGAAGGGGAAGAGGACUAUAGCCAGUGCUGGCCAAAGACAUGGCUGGCUUCAGACUGUCCUGCCCUUAGAAUCAUAUCUGUGGAAUAUGACACCCAUUUGAGUGACUGGAAAGCAAAAUGUCCUGUUGAGGCUCACAGGAAGUCUAUUGCUUACAGGAGCAAUGAGCUGCUCAACAAGCUCAGAGCUGCUGGGAUUGGAGACAGACCUCUGGUGUGGGUAUCCCAUAGCAUGGGUGGUCUUCUAGUUAAAAAGAUGCUGGUGGAUGCUUCCAAGAAUCCAGAAAUGGAUAAAAUUGUAAACAACACCAGAGGAAUCAUAUUUUAUAGCGUACCUCACCAUGGUUCCCAGCUGGCUGAAUAUUCUAUAAAUGCCAGAUAUCUUCUCUUUCCAUCUGUGGAGGUUAAAGAACUCAGCAAGGAUUCUCCUGCCCUUAAAGAGCUGAAUGAUGACUUCCUGUCUUUUGCCAAAGAUAAGAAAUUUUCAGUGCUGAGUUUUGCAGAAACCUUACCAACACACAUAGGCAGCAUGAUAAAACUGCAUGUCGUACCUCUGGAAUCGGCAAACUUAGGAAUUGGAGACCUUAUUCCAGUGGAUGUUAAUCAUCUAAAUAUUUGUAAGCCAAAGAAGAAGGAUGCUUUCCUGUACCAACGUACAUUGAAGUUCAUUCAGGAUGUUUUAGCCCAAGAACUUGGAGACUGAGUUUUUGCCAUCCUUGACUGCUUACUGCCUGCAUUUGGUGUAACACAGUAAGUUCUUCUAACAUUUGCUAGGAGAUCUGCAGAACUGCAAAGAUGCUAUGUCAGUAGUAUCUGCUGCUAAAAUAAUUUUCAGUGCAUCUCCAACUUAGACACUUC